AUGUCAGAACCCCACGAACAUAACAGCCAUACAGGCUUCGAUAGUACAGAUCACCAGACAGCCUACGUUUAUACCCCAGCCCGUGAUGCCAACGAAUCCCCGGCACGGCCAGCGAAGAGAAGGAAGGUAGCCAAAACCAAAGGCCCUAUUGCCAACGCUGGAGAGGCUAAGCCGGUGAGCUUCGAGGCUCUUCUCGAUGGCCUUGAAGCCCCGGAAUGCGUGGAUCUUCGCAAGCGCCUUUUUGAACAGUCAUGGUCAGCAACUGAUGCUAGGAUUCAGGCAUGUCAAUCAUUCUCAAUUCAGACUACCUAUAAUGACAGGAUACGUGCUGAUGGUUUGAAGUCGAUAUUAAAUGAGGCAAACGAAGAUACCUUAGCAGAUGUCACUACAUUCAUCCGUGACUCCGGUCUUCUACGAAAAGAUUUAGAUAGACUCCCGACCGGCUUUGUGGUGACUGGUCCAAAUAUCACAUCUCAGGGCCUCCUUUUCAACCAACUCUGCACCCAUCUGAAAUCCGAGAUCGAUGGACCAGUGGUCAUUUUACGUUCAGGAGAUGCCUCAAAUUUGAAAGCAGUGCUAAAGCAAUUCAUCCGAGACGCUACCAACCAAGGACCAGGCGAAGAGGAAGAGGAAAGUCACUCAUCUCAUAGAGAUGGACGCAAGCUUCUGAACUAUGACCUGGAGAAUCUACAUAAUUACGUGGACUUUCAUCAAAGCCAGGCCGUAGUUGUUGCGUUUCAAGACAGUGAAGCCUUUGAUACCAGUCUUGUGGCGGACCUGGUCAGCCUUUUUGGCUCAUGGAAGGACCGUAUUCCAUUCGUCCUGCUUUUCGGUGUUGCGACUUCUGUGGAGCUUUUUCAUGAAAGACUAUCGCGGACAGCGAGUCGUUCUUUAGUCGGCCGCCAAUUUGAUGUCGAGCAGACGAGCUCUCUACUUGAAAGGAUAUUUGAGAAAGCAGUCUCUGGAGGCAAAGCUCCUCUGCGGCUGGGAUCUAAGCUGGUGGCCGAGUUGAUUGAAAGACAGGAAGAUCAUGUCCAGAGUGUUCAGUCGUUCGUAGUAGCACUGAAGUACUUCUACAUGUGCCAUUUCUACGGAAAUCCGUUAAGCAUUCUCAAGGACCUCUCAAACGGCCCGUUACUUUCCAGUUUUCUGCAGCCUCAGCAUCUCGAGUUGAUUCGCAUGCUUCCGUCAUUCAAGAAACUGACGGAAGAUUUGAUCGAAGCUGGAGAUUUUAUUCAAGCUCGAAAGAUCCUCGGGGACGACAAAGUUCUUCUCAGCAAGGUUGGAGAAUGUCUUGAAUCUAUAGACGCUGAUAUUGCCCGGAUUCUGAGAGCUAUGCACCUUGCUACGGCAUGUGCACCAGAGCCCGUUGCCAAUAUUGCAUUGUAUACAACUACCUUUCAAGGAGACCUCGGCACAUCGGAGCUUGUAAACUCCAUACUUGACUCCAUCAAGCGGAUGACGCCUGAAGAGUUAAUCGACUUUAUUCAAGGAGCCAGUAAGACUGUUGAUGGAGGUGCGCCCGCUAUGGACCUUAACGGAUGGACCGAUGAAGAUGUCGAAUUUCUGGAGCAACUCUCCGACAUACAGUCGCAAGUCAAUUUGCUGCAUCAAGUCUCUAAGAAGAACGGGAAGCCACUUCGGACCAGUUAUGCUAUCCACAGCAAGGGCGUGAGGACAACGGUCAUCGCACAGCGAGUCCAGCUCAGUUACGAAAAGUCUACAUUGUCCGAACAGGACAAAGAAUUCACAGCUCUGGUAGACCGCACAUCCCAAUUACUUGCCGAUUACUUUACUGUUGACAACCCACAAGAUAUGUUUUUGAACGAGAUUUGGCUCUUCGAUUCAACAACACCAUACCGUGAUUACUUCACACCUCGCCCCCGGACAAUUAUUGAACGGGCUCUCUCUGCGCCUUACGACUACUUGAAUUGCGAAUGCUGUGAGCCGGUGGAAGGUUUGUCUUCGACGCAGCCUGCUACAGCCAUCCUAUACCAGAUGUACCUGGAAACAGGAUCCCUGAUCAAUAUCUUCGAUCUCUGGUCAGCGUUUUUUGAGAUGAUUGGUGGUGGCGAUGAACAGAGGGUUGACGAGAGGGAUGCACUGGCACUAUUCUACAAAGCUCUAGCAGACUUGAAGUCACUGGGUAUGGUGAAGCAAAGUAAAAAAAAGGCCGACCAUCUGGCGAAGGUGGCAUGGAAGGGACUGUAG